GGGAAGAAGGAACACAUCAGACACCCAGCCUGUGAUUCAUCAUUAUAUGAGCACACACUGAGAUCAGCACAACAUGUAAUUUGCUUUUUUAAACGUCUGUUGCUAAGUAACCAUGUCUAUUACUAUAUGACAGUAUGUGUAUAUUGUGUUGUUUUACACUGCAGAACGUUCUGAGCUGCUCCAGCCUUACGUUCUUCCAUCUCCUCUGUGGGUACGAACUGUGUCUGUGAGCCCAGAGCACAGGAUUUUGGAAGGAGGAGUCACAAGAUCAGGGGAUAUUACUCACACCGUCACCAUCAGCACUAGCUCUGAGCUUUUCCUCCUGAGGAUUCAUUGAGAGGAAUACAGAUCAUUGUUGUCGUCUGAAAGAGUCUAGGAAUUGCUUUCAAGGCUGCCUGCUUGUUGGAGAGGACGUGUCAAGGUGAACAAAGGGGAGACUGAUGGUCCAAAGCUGUGAUGUAGAGAGCCACAUUGAGUGGACUUUUCUGGGAAUUGUAUUAAUGAACCUGUAGACAAGCAGAUGGAACAUAGGACAUCUCAUACUGAAUUUGAACUAAAAGAUGGACAACCAUCAGUUCAUCAUGGUGAAUUGUGGAGAUGACUUCUUUCUCAAGUCCUGAACUGCAUCAUAAAGGGGCCAGUUAUUACCUUAGAACCAAUGUGUCUAGCCUCCAGCAGGAAAGAUGACGUUAAAAUGGAACAUACUGAUGGAGCACCUUCUCCAUCCACUGUACAGCCUAAGCUGGAUCAACCACCAAGCAUCAAAGGAACAAAUAAACUGUACCUUAUAGCGGCAGUACUCAUUUGGCUAAUAACUGGCUCCACCAUAUCAAGCCUUAACAAAUGGAUAUUUGCUGUGUACAACUUUAAGUAUCCCUUAUUGCUGUCCUCACUCCACAUGCUUACAGCAGUCUUGUUGAAUUACCCUUUACUACGAUAUGGGUUGGUAAAGCUAAAAGAUGACGAAGUGGCAUUAAACACCAAUGCCAAACUUCAAGUUUUUCUUUUGAGUUUGACCUUCUGUUCCAGCAUAGCCUUUGGGAACCUUGGACUAAGCUGUGUCCAGCUCUCUUUUGCACAAAUGAUUUACACAACAACCCCCAUUUUCACCCUAGUCCUUUCCAAAGUAUUCUUGGGUGCAAGACCACAUACACUGAAGUAUACUGCCAUGAUCCCUAUUUGUUUGGGGGCCUGCUUCAGCAUCAUUGGAGAAGUGCAGUUCGACCAAACUGGGUGCUUCUAUCUUUUUGCAUCUACGUUUCUCAGGGGGCUGAAAUCCAUACAACAGAGUUCUCUUCUAAAAGAAGAGAGAAUUCACUCAUUUACACUGUUGUACCUCAUGUCCAUUCCCAGUUUCUGCAUCCUGUUCAUGUCUGCAGUGCUAUUCGAGCGAAGUGUAGUAUGGGAGAUUCCGCAAGACUACGACAACAGACUCUGGUUAUUCAUUCUUCUUAGUUGUCUGGGAUCUGUCCUGUACAACCUGGCAAGCUUCUGUGUCAUCACAUUGACUUCUGCAGUCACCAUACAUGUGUUGGGCAACCUCAACUUGGUUGGGAACCUUGUGUUAUCUCGGGUCCUAUUUGGAAGCCAGCUGACGUCUCUCAGUUAUGCAGGCAUUGGUCUGACUUUGGCAGGGAUGUUUAUGUAUCAUAACUGUAACCUUAUUGAGGAGUAUUUCUGUGCUAAACAGAAGUCUCUUUGGUCUCUUCAACAGCAUAAGUCAAAAUAAUCCAUUACCACAAAGAUGCCAAGUUCUAGAAAGAAAAUUGUGGAGGAUCAACGUUACAUUGGUGACAGUCUCCUAAUUUUUUUUUGUAGCUUUUUUUUUUUUUUUAAAGAAUGCAUCACCUCGCAGGAUCUGUAACGUUGUUGGAGGUCGAACAACUGAAUAUAUAAAGAAGGGGUUAACAAAUGUGGGUGUCGAUCUGAUGUUCCACUACAAUCCCAAUAUUUGUGUGGCAGAGAAUUAUGGGAAAUGUAGUCAAAGAAUAGAUGAUGGGCCAUAGAUGGACACUUCUGGGAUAGAGCCAACAAGAGCCAAAUAUCCAAUACAUUUUUAGGAAGGGUGUACAGGGCUGAAAGGCAUCUAGAACUCAAUGUUUCUUUCAUGAAACGAUAUAAUAUAGCUCUUGCGCUUUUUAGUUGACUCUGGUUUUUCAGAGAGAAUAUAACUUUCCUGGAUUUUCUUGCAAUAUUAUUCAUUGACCAACAGAUUUAUAGAAUACACAGAAAAUGGCAAUAAAACCUAAACAAUUCACUUCCAAGAGUGGAAAUCACAUAAUACUUUGUCUUAAACACCCUAUUCUUCAUAUAAAGCCUGGCUUGCAUGUAACAUUUCAUGAAGCCAAGCAAUGGGAAAUAUCAGUUCAGUAUAGCACCUUCUACCAUUUUUUUUUCUAAGGGAUUAUUAAAUAAUAGACAAUAUUGAUGGUGGUCAGUUACAUUUUGCUCUUUUACCACACUAUGGAUUUUAUACAAAAAAAAAAAAUACUUAAAACAUAACAAAUACACAAAGUUUCCAGGAUAGAAGUUUGCAAAACCAAUGUUAGCCCAUAGUUACACACAAAACACCGCAGGCUUUCUGUUUUAGACAGAAUAGACAUUGACAAAAAUUAAGUGAAGCACAAACAAAUACAAUAUACACCAUAUAUCAACGGAAAUACCUUUAGGUCGAGAGUAAAUUAGAAGCAGGAUAAAGUUAAACCCAGCAAUGAAAUACACCAUGCUUGGUUUCUACCAACAUCAAAUUAUAUUUUGUUUCACAUAUGCCAAGUAACAUUCUUCAAUGAAGUUAAAAGGGG